UGCCGUUGAAGAAAGCGAAGCAGGGAAUCAGGACAGCUAUAAUGAGAACGUUAGCUUCGAGCAAUCGAGCGAGUCGGAGAAAUCAAGCGAGUCGCAUUCGUUGGAAAAGUCGAGCGAGUUGCAUUCUAAAGAAAGCAAAGCAGGGAAUCAGGACAGCUAUAAUGAGAACGUUAGCUUCGAGCAGUCGAGCGAGGCGGAGAAAUCGAGCGAGUCGCAUUCUUUAGAAUAUCUAAAUAAUCAAUUAGAAGCACUAAAUAAAGCAGUAUCUACCAAUACAGCUGCUAUAAAGUCGCUCAUUGAAAACACGAAUGACAGUAAACAGCCAAAUUAUCAAGAAUUAGAAAACGAAAUUGCCAUACUAAAAGAAAAGAAUCGUAAACUUACGGAUAAGAAUGCGAAACUUAAAGUCGAGAACAGUGACUUGGAAGCGAGAAUUAACAACUUAACCUAUAUAUUAGCCGAUUUGCAAGGAAAGGCGAAGAGUGCCGAGCAAGAAAAAGAAAGUCUAAUUACUGCUAUGAGACUACUGGUCGAAGAUUCGAACAACGAACCCAACGCCACAAUUAAGAAUUACACUGGUGAAACGAGUAAACAAAGCGAGACACAGGAUUCAGUUGAUUGCGCUGGGCAAACAAAAGAAGUAUUGAAUCCGAAUAUUCAAGUGAGUAAUAGAUUUUCCAACCUUAACACUGAGGAAAGUAAUGCAGAUGACGUGGAUGUUACGCAGAAUGACCUUGUUACCGCUCGUACAGAACCAGCAACGAAACCUAAACAAGUAAAUGAGAAAUAUAACAGAAGGCAUCAUACUGGCAGCAAAGAAACGAAGCAAACUUAUCAUCACCCUCGUCCUAACGUUGCUAUCGUGGGAGACUCGAUGCUCAAGCACAUAAAUCCUACACAGCUAAGGAGAAGUACAAGGAGCUUUAACACUCAAAUCAAGACGUUUCCAGGUGCGAAGGUAAGCGAUAUGGAAUAUUAUGUUAAACCUACUCUGGCCCGUACACCCGACCAUUUGAUUCUGCAUGUCGGUACAAACGACGUGAGACAAAGUACACCACAAGAGAUAACAAAUGCCAUAUCCAUGCUUGGGCAACAGAUCAAGAAGGAACUACCUACAACGAAUCUUGCUAUUUCCGAAGUAAUUACAAGAAAUGAUGACCCAAGUCUGAAUACGAAAAUUACAGAACUUAAUACUAAGCUAUCCCAGGUAUGUACCAAUAAUAAGUGGAAGAUCAUUACCCACAGAAAUAUUUCCUCUGAACAUUUGAACCCAUAUGGGCUCCAUCUUUCUAAACAAGGAACAGCUAAAUUAGCCCAGAACUUUACAAACUAUCUAAAAAAUCCUAAUUGACCAUCUACCGAUGCUCCACCCCCUCCACAACCUGUUACCAAUACAAUAAGGCCAGUAAAGCAACCAAACCCUAUUCUUCCUAAACUUAAAGGUUUCAAAGUAGCACAACUUAACAUCGCUAGCUUGCCUAAACACUAUGAAGAACUACUUAUUUAUAUGCGUGAUGAACCUUUCGAUAUAUUGACCUUAAAUGAAACUAGAUUAGACAGUACUUUCCUAGACUGUGAAGUACAGAUACCUGGUUAUGAUAUUGUCAGAUCUGACCGAAACAGACAUGGGGGAGGGGUAGCUAUAUAUAUAAGGACUAUCAUUCCAUAUAUCGUACGUGAAGAUUUAUUACAAGAUACUCUCGAAUUGCUUUGUAUUGAAGUUAGAAAACCCAAAAGUAAACCAGUGCUUAUUUCAACUUGGUAUCGACCACCGAGUGCAAAAAUUGAAUUAUUCCAAAAGUUCGAAAACUUCUUGAAGCUGAUUGAUAAUGAAGACAAAGAUAUUAUCAUAACCGGGGAUCUUAAUUGUAAUUUUAUUGAGCACACUCAAAACCAAGCUACUUCUAAGUUAAUUGAUAUUAUUGAUAUUUUCCAACUGCAGCAACACAUACAAACCCCUACUAGAACUACUUAUAAUUCUUCGUCUCUGAUUGAUUUAAUUCUUACACAUAUCAACGAUGAUAAAACCUUAGAAGCCGGGGUUGUUGACCUUGGGAUUAGUGACCAUAGUCUUGUUUAUAUAUGUCGGAAAAUUAGCAUUCCUAAAGAGCCACCAAAAAUUGUAUUUACACGACAGUUCAAAAAUUACAACUCCCACCAAUUUAAAGAAGAGCUAAGCUACUAUACUAAUCUAGAUCCCACAUCGAAUGAUCCAAAUGUGCUAUGGAAUGAAUUUAAGAACAACUUUCUUACUAUUGCUGAAAAACACGCGCCAGUUAGACAGCGUCGCGUUAAGAGUGAGCAUAAACCAUGGCUGACGAAAGAAAUAAAGCGUUUAAUGCAUCAUAGGGAUUAUCUUAAAAGACAGAGUGUUCGUUUAACAUCGAGUAAUUAUAACGAGGCCUACAAAAGAUGCAAGAAUAAAUUAAAUAAGCUUAUUAAAAAGACUAAGGAAGAAUACUUUAAAACGAAGUUAUUUAAUGCAAAUAAUAGCAAAGAGAGUUGGCAGGCUAUUAAUGAGCUAUUAAACAAAAAGCCCAAAACUACCCAUGUAACACAGCUAAAUGUAGAUGACCAAGUUAUAACUGGAGACACAAAUAUUGCGGACUGUUUUAAUCAGUAUUUUUCAUCCAUCGGUUGUAAACUGUCAAAAAAUGUCCAAAAUAUUAAUGUUGACCCUAUGACAUUUGUCACUCCUACGGAGAGUUCGUUUCAUUUUUCAUGUAUUUUAGUCCAAGAGACUUUUGACGCCUUAAACCAACUUAAUUCAAGGAAAUCACCAGGACUGGACGGCAUAAGUGUAAAACUAUUAAAAGAUACAAGCGAUGUUAUCGCGCAACCAUUAGCCAACAUCUUUAAUCUAUCUCUUCAGACUGCAAUUUUUCCGGACGAGUGGAAAAUCGCCAAGGUAUCACCAGUCUUUAAAGAAGGGAAUAAAACUGAUUGCGGAAAUUAUAGACCAAUCUCUGUAAUUUCUGUGGUUGCUAAGCUGUUUGAAGGGCUAGUGUACAAUCAAUUGAGAACGUUUAUUGCCGACAAUAGCAUUCUUGUAGAGCAACAGUCCGGUUUUCGUUCACAACACUCUACUGAGACGGCACUCUUAGGUUCGACAAAUGAGUGGUUAUAUAACAUGGACAGUGGCUUAAUCAAUGGAGUCCUGUUCUUGGACUUGAAAAAAGCUUUUGACACUGUCGAUCAUGAAAUCUUAUUAAAGAAACUUCACCUAUACGGCAUAAAAGGAACUACUUACGCAUGGUUUGAAUCUUACAUCCAAAAUAGGAAAUCGAUUUGUUUAAUGAAUGGGAAAAAAUCACAUGCUAGAGAAAUUAGGUGUGGGGUACCACAAGGUUCUAACCUUGGCCCCAUCCUAUUCCUCUUGUAUAUUAACGAUCUACCUAAGUGUCUAGAAACAACCAAGGCUAACUUGUUUGCUGAUGACACAAAUCUUUCAUGUGCCGGCUUAGAUGCCAAUGAAAUCGAGACUAAACUUAAAAGAGAUCUUGAGAAUGUUCAUAGUUGGCUUAGAUGUAACAAGCUCACGCUAAACGAUAGCAAAACGGAAUUUAUGAUAAUUGGCUCUAGACAUCAUCUUACUAAAUUUGAAGACAACCCAGAGAUUUCAUUAGCCAUACGAGAUAAUAAUAUUAAACGGGUCACCAAUAAAAAAUCCCUUGGUUUUAUCAUCGACGAUCAAUUAAAGUGGGGUAUACACAUUGACGCACAAUGUAAAAAAAUCUCAAAAAAUAUCGCAUUACUAAGAAGAGCCAAGUCCUUUGUUCCUUUACACAUUUUAAUCAAAAUGUAUAAUGCUCUAGUAUCUCCUCACCUGACAUAUUGCUCAACAAUAUGGAAUGAUGGAUCUAAUACCAUUCUUAACAAACUCUCUAAGUUACAAAGAAGAGCAGCCCGGGUUAUCACAGGACAAUCAUACGAUGUUCGUUCCACUCAAAUACUAGAAAGUCUCAAUUGGAUGCCAAUUGAAGACAUUUUAAAGAAAAGAGAAAUCAUUAUGACGUUUAAAGCUUUAACUAACAGACUACCUGAUUGUGUGCAGAAUUUCUUCACGAGAUGCGAAAAUAGUAAUUAUUCUCUAAGAAGCAAUAAUGUUAAACUAUCUUUGCCUAAACCAAGAACCAACUUUCUUAAAAGAAGUUUCUCUUAUAGAUAGAGCAGCACAAGGGUGGAACGAAUUAUCGGAUGAAGUAACUAAUAACAUUCAGGAUUUAUCUUUACCCAAUUUCAAAAGGCGUUUAGCCCUUAACCUUGCACAUGAAUAAUGUAUAAUGCAUUUCCGAAAUUAAUGGAGUGUGUAAUAAUUAUGUGCUGUAAUUAACUGUAAAUAUCCAUAGUUAAUGUGUGUUUAAUACUAUAUAGCACGGCCCUUUGAAAAACAGACUGUAUAUAUUAUACUGAAUAGGCUACCGUGUUAAAAGAAAUUUUAUUAAAGAUUAAAGAUUAAUGACAUAAAUUGUGCGUGAUGCAUAACUUAUGCUCCUACUUGUCUUCCGAUUGGCAGUUGAUUAUAAUUGGAAUACGUAACAGCUUUUCGUUUGCUAGGUGCGUUUUGGUUCAUUUAUAUUCGCGUGAACACAGUGCCGCCUUAGAAAAUAGCCCUUUGAUCCACCAGAUAAUAGCCGGAAGUGUUGCCUUGCACCCUGUCAAAGUCGGCAUAUAUAUUAUACUACAUGUGGCUUGCUUCAACAUGUUGUCUUAUUAACUGAAUUUAAACAUUUUAAAUUGGCUUUAUUAAUCCAAAGGUUGGAUCAAUGAGUGCGAAACUAUAUCUUGUACACAAUAAAAACAACACACAUUUUUUUGUGGGAGAAGGGGUUUUGGGGGUGAAGUACUCAUGCGCAGUUUAUGUCAAACGCCAUCCCUCCUCAUCGUCACAUACCUAAUACUGUAACCUAAUACAGUACUGAACUGGUAAUUUUUGUCAGGGGUAGCGAACCCCUGACCUACCUGACCAAGAACACACUUGGACAGUCCCUAACCUGCCCAAUUGGGCAGCCCCUAACCUGUCCAAGGUCCACAGAACCGCUUAGGCAGUCCCUAUUGCUAACCUGUCCAAGUUCCACAGAACCGCUUAGACAGUCCCUAUUAUUUCAAAUAUAUAUUUCUAUGUGACGUUGCGGAGUCUAUGGGCAAUGAAGUUGUCAUAUUGGAUUACUUCUUCCCCCAAAACACAUGAUAGUGUGUUCCCCAUAGACGAACUUCCCUCCCCCGAAUUUUUUUUUUGACUGCACAGUUAAAUGGAUGAAGCAGUCAUUGUGCCUGAUACAUUAGACAGGGUCGAUGAUGGAAUACGUCUGUAUCGUUUAUACCGGCACCUAGAACGUCAUAACAUCACAGCCGCAUACUUUAACCGCUGAGCUACUAACCAACUCGCUAAAUCUAACCAGCUCGCUAAAGCUAACCAGCUCGCUAAAGCUAACCAGCUCGCUAAAGCUAACCAGCUCGCUAAAGCUAACCAGCUCGCUACAGCUGUAAUCGUAUAUAGAAGACAGCUACUGCCUGAUGAUAGUAAGGCAUAUAUUUGAGCAUUACCAUCACUCAUACUACACCUGGAUAGUCAGGGAGGCCAGGAAAAACCUGCAAUAUAGGAAACCUGGAUAGGGCCAAGACAACCAGUAAGCUCCCCACAAAGCUUCUAUCUUACAAGUUCUCAAUUGGAGGGUUGGUAAUACGACAAACAUAGUCGACCAUCCAGGCUUUUUUGUAAAUUUAUUUAUUUAUUCAUUCAUAUAUUAUAAAAGUUCAUUUGUUCGUUUAGUGUUUUGAUUCUCUCAAUAUUUUAAAUAAAAUUCCUGAAAACGUGAUCCCGGUCAUUCUAACCCAGAGUCGCUCGAGCAUGUCCGAAAUGAGCCGAAAUUGUAAGAUUUAGAAUAUUUAUUUUGCAGACUUAAUAGAUCAUAUUUGUAACCGACUGAAACGCAAUGUCUCAAUUUGCAUAAAACAAUGUUAUUCUAGCAACGUGUCUAUAUUCAAGCAAAGCAAGAGUACGCAGGAUGUAAUAUUCAAUGUGUAUACCUAUGUUAUAGCAUACUUUCAGUUAGCAGUUCGCCUUUCAAAAUAUUGAAUUUUUUUGAAACCUGUGAAAAAAAAAGUUGAGAUUUGAGUUCAACUCGUUUGAAAUAGCACAAUAAUUUAUCUAGUGAUACGGAUAUCACUUUAGGAAAUUUUUAAAUGAUUAGAGAAGUAUAUUGUAGUGCCAAACGUUCAUUAAACCCAACCAUUGAAAUUAUUACAAAUGCUUAAAAUGCAUUACUCGAUAGUAACAAUAUGAAAUCAACGUUUUCACAGUGUUUCCACAACGGAACAUUCAAAUUUAUUUCUUUUGCCAAAGAAUUUCCUUGAGUUUCCUUGAAAUGAGAUGUAAUUUCCUUGAAAUUUCCUUGAUUAACCGAAGUAUAUUUCGGCAACUAGAAUUCAUCAGCUUGUAUAGGGCAAGACAGAAACAGAAUGGUACAUUUCUUUCGUACAAAUCUUGAAAAGAAAGCCUUCAAUAAAUUCACAGUCAUGACAGCCAUGUUGAAAAAUACUCUACCGUGUAUAAGCAGCUAACACGCGGUGGCCUGCACGCAGCACGCUACCUAAAAUUCAGGUUGUGUGCAGCCUACUUAGUUUAAUUAAUAAUUCUAGAUUCUACUGACUCGCACACAGGCCCCGAAAGAGGUUUUUUAUUUAUAUAGCGGUUAUGAGCGAAGGAAAGUAACAUAUAUAAUUUAUAAUUAAUGAAAGGUUCCUGAAAGAAUCUUCAAAACAUUUCUGUUGACUCAAAAAUUUCUUAAAUUUCCUUACAAUUUUCAAAAAAUCCUUAGAUUUUCUUUAGAUUUAAAAUAUCCUAGAAAAAGGAAAUUUCCUUGAAAGUGGAAACACUUCGUUUUCAUAAAAUUUACUCGUGAGUGAUUGAAUAUAGUAGUUGAAAAUGAAGCGCGAUAUGUGGCAGAAUUUGACACCCAGGUAGUAAAAUUCACAGUACCACUGAAAUAGAAAUCGAUUGGAUUACACUAUAUCAGAUAUUUGCGAUGAAAAUAGAUGAAUUUACUACGAGAGACUAACGAGGAAAGAGAAGCAUACCUGGAAAAACGCAGAGAAACAUGGAAGAGGAAGACUGCCGAAGCCAAAGGUAAGCAAAGAGAGUAUAUAAGAGUGUUUAGGCAACAAAAAGAGGCAUCAGAAACUGCCGAGGAAAGAGAAACUCGAUUAGGAAAACGCAGAGAAGCUUGGUAAGAAAGGUCUGCCGAAGCCAAAGGUAAGCAAAACGAGUAUAUUAGAGUGUUUAGGCAACAAAAAGAGGCUUCAGAAACAGCAGAGGAAAGAGAAACUCGAUUAGGAAAACGAAGAGAGGCUUGGCAAGAAACGUCUGCCGAAGCCAAAGGUAAGCAAAACGAGUAUAUUAGAGUGUUUAGGCAACAAAAAGAGCCUUCAGAAACAGCAGAGGAAAGAGAAACUCGCUUAGGAAAACGCAGAGAAGCUUGGCAAGAAAGGACUGCCGAAGAAAAAGGUAAACAAAACGAAUAUAAUACGGUGUACAUGCAACAAAAACGAGAUUCAGAAGCAGCCGAGGCAAGAGAAACUCGCUUAGCAAAACGAAGAGAAGCGUGGAAAAAAAAAGACUGCAGAAGCUAAAGGUAAGCAACACGAGUACAUUAAUAGAUUGCAUAAUAUAGAUAAAAUGCAAAACGACACUGUAGAAGAACGAAUUAACAGACAGGCUUCAAAAGACAAAACAAAUACGACCAUCCGAAACAGUUAAUGAACGAGCAAGAAUACUUGAAAUUUUAAGAGCACAUUUUCCAACAGCAGUUGCAAAUGAAAAUGGCCAAGAAAUUAGGCAGGAUGAAACAGACGAAAGGAGGAUGUCUAUGGAUGAAGCUAUGGAUGCAACUCUACUGGUUAGUGAAGCAGCUGAGGAAUGUGUAUCUGUGCAUGAAGCAAAUGGGAUGGUAAGUGUACCUGCUCAUGCUGCAAAUGAGCAGUUAAGUAUGUCUGUUGAUCAAACUAUAGAUAUAUCUGUUUCUGAAGCAGAUGAGGAAACAGGGCCCGCGGAGCGUAUUAGAGAGUGGGGGGGCUAAAUCAUCAAUAAAACCCCCAAUUAAUUAAUUUAGAAAGUUUCAUUUAGAUUUCUAUUUUAAUAAUUUUGGCUGUCAAAAAAAGUGGGGGGGCUAAGCCCCCCCGUCUCCGCGGUCCCUGGGAAAGUGUGUCUGUUCAUGAAGCAGAGGGGGUGAGUAGAAAUGAAUAUUUACAUGUGGGUGGUUGGCAAAAUGUUGACAACCAUUUGCAUGAGCUAGAGUUUGUACAAAAUGCAAUGCACAGUUUUCAUUUAGAUCAAGAACAUUUAGAGCAUCGACAAUGUACAAUUUGCAAAGAAGCUUGGCCGACACGGCAGAACUUGACAUCAGAACUAUACAUUUGUUACCGGUGUAAAAGAGACAAGAAAUCACCUAAGAAAUUCAGUGCCGAGAAUGACAUGGACCCAGGAAUAGUUCCUGAACAAUUGAGAGGUUUGACACAGGUAGAAGAAAUGUUAAUUUCAAGGGUAUGAGAGUGUAUAGAAAACGGACGGCAGAGGGGGUAUAAAGGGCAUGUACUUAACUUACCUCAAGAUAUUCAAAGUUUCUUGAAUAGGUUGCCUUCACGUGUGGCAGACUUGCCCGUUUUGAUUGUACGAAGACAUGGUGCAGAAAACACACAUCGAGAUUUUACUGUGCGUCGGCACAGAGUUCUUGAGUCUGUGUUUUGGAUGAAGACGAACAAUUCCUUCUUUAAAGACAUAGAAAUUGAUCGAGAUAUUAUUCUAAGUUUACCAGAAAAUGGUAUUCCAGAUGAGCUAAGGUAUGUCAUUGAUGAAAAUGAAGUGUCAGUUCAUGUUGAAAAUGAGGGCCUCCCCAAGACGGCAAGACCCUGUAAUGAGUGCUAAUGCUAGUGUUGAAGAGUUAGUUUUAGGACAUGGUAGUACAUCCUUUAUUCUUAUGCGUCAAAGAAGGAAAAAAGAUGGUGCGGCUAUCCAAGAUGCAGUAAAUGAGGUUGAUCCAUUAGACUGGCCAUCUACUGAAGGUAAUCUCGUUAAUGAAUUUAACACAGAUGGUUUAGCUACUGGCAUUCCCUACAUUGUUUCCUUAUGGGAAGGGUGA